AUGUUUGGAGCGAGAACCGAGAACGCCUUGAUGCUCGGAGCCCACGGAGCGUCUGUCAAAAGCGCCGUCGACGGAGCGUCGCUGAUGCUGCUCGCGAAAUCGCCGUCGGCCGACGCGAAGGAAACGAGUCUCCCGGUGGUCCGCGGCUAAUAUCGGAGCCGUUCCGGGUCUCGCAUCUCACGAUCGGCUCGAUCGUCCGGAAUAUCGGGAGCGACGGGAGCGGGCACGUCAAUCGCGCGGGACGACCACUUUGUGCACAUCGGAUUAUUCGUCUGACCGGUACGGGACCCUAAUUAACAUUAACAAUGGCACAGGACAGUCCGAAACCUCCAGCUCCGAAACCUGCGGAGCAAUUCAAACUUAUACCAAAAAUCAUAAACGGUGGCAUUGCCGGAAUUAUUGGAGUGUCCGUGGUGUUUCCGCUCGAUUUGGUUAAAACAAGAUUACAGAAUCAAGUUGUCGGUCCGAGUGGCGAACGCAUGUAUAAGUCAAUGUUUGAUUGUUUUAAAAAGACGUACAAGGCAGAGGGUUAUUUUGGAAUGUAUAAGGGAUCCGCUGUAAAUAUAUUAUUGAUCACACCCGAGAAAGCGAUCAAACUUACUGCCAAUGAUACAUUUAGGCAUUAUCUUUCCCUCGGACCUGGACAACAAUUGCCAAUAGAACGUGAAAUGCUCGCCGGCGGCUUGGCGGGAGCAUGCCAAAUAGUCGUUACCACUCCGAUGGAACUGCUUAAAAUACAAAUGCAAGACGCUGGCAGAGUCGCCAUGGCAGCUAAGGAAGCGGGUAAAGCAGUGCCAAAGGUAUCCGCUUGGUCAUUAACGGUAGAUCUACUUAGGAAGCGAGGUAUACUGGGGCUGUACCAAGGAACCGGCGCCACGGCACUCAGAGACGUCACGUUUUCCGUCAUUUACUUCCCGCUGUUCGCCAGACUGAAUGAUCUCGGGCCAAAGCGAGAAGACGGUUCCUCUGUAUUCUGGUGUUCAUUCCUUGCCGGAUGCGCCGCCGGCUCGACGGCCGCAUUAAUGGUGAAUCCAUUCGACGUAAUCAAAACUAGACUGCAAGUUAUCAAAAAAGCACCUGGUGAUCCAACGUACAACGGAGUGUUAGACUGUAUACUGAAGACAUUUAAAAACGAGGGACCUACGGCGUUCUUCAAAGGCGGCGCUUGCCGAAUGAUAGUCAUAGCGCCGUUAUUCGGAAUUGCACAAACCGUCUAUUAUCUCGGCGUAGCUGAGUGGCUGCUGGGAUUGAAGUGAAAUCGCCAUAUCGCCGAUUCGUGCCGUUCAAAUGCUCUGGGAAACCGACAAUAAUAAUCGUUGUAGAAUGUAGUUGUAUUUUUGCUUGAGAAUUUUGCUCUCCGUCGUCGCAAUAAGAAUGUUAUUUAAACGGAAUCGCUAAUAUGUAAAAGAAAGUAAGAAAGAAUACGUAAUUGGAACUAUCGUAAUUCCCGCAGGUCGCGAAUUAUAACGAAUCCAUAUAUAAUUGAAUGAAAUAUAUCCCUAUCUUUUAAGUCCAUAUUCGCAAAGUGCAUUAAAAUUACUAAUCAAACAACGGAAUCAAUAUACGUUCGUCUACUAACAUAUUGCGUUCUUGUGACGUACUCAUAAAAUUAUAUCGCUGCGUUGAUGUAUCGAAACAUCGAAUCAUUAGGAAAACAUAUGGAAUUACAAAUAUUUCGCAGCCGUACCAAUUACAUGUUAUUCAAUAUUUAGGUCAUGCAUUUUUCCAUGUAAUAAUAGCGCUUCUUCAUCUCUUCCCCCUACUUUAUAGACUCUAAAUUAUAUGCGAGAUCCUGCCCACGAAUUAUGCUCGUUAAUAGAUGUAUAUCGGGAUCUUCGUUGUUAUAUCUACCAGACUAGCCAUAAUUAUAGUGUCAAUUAUACAUGUACAUUAAAGACAUUAAGCAGAUUCAACGUGAUAUUUUUUAAACAGACGUUUUUCGUUAGACGUAAUAGAAUAUUUUGGCAUAAUAUUUUGUUAAAGCUCACAUUCGUUACCUAGUUUUCUUAAUUUUUAUCUUAUGUCAAGAAAAACACUUUAUGGUCACAUAUGUAAUAUAAACAGCAAAUUACAGAAUCUUUUAAGCAACUGCA